AUUUCAUUUUUAUGUGAAGGCUGUGCUGAAAACGACGACAUAUUUGGGAGCGCAAUAACACAUUCCAUUCACUAAAAUUAUUUAUAGAUUUAAGUUCAUUAUAUUUAAUUGCACCACAAGUAGUGAUAAUAAAUUUAGUUGCUGUGUUUAUUUCAGAUCGAGAUAAUAUGAUAGGCAUACGGUCUCUAAAGUUAACACCGCGAAAUAAUCAUGUGAUAUGCACAUCAGCUUUCUUCCUUCGAUUAGGAUGCGCAGAGUACAUACCCAACUAUCAUGCACAACAUCGUUUUUCACACAUUUCAAAUAAACAGAAUAUUAAUCCCAAACAAACAAUUUUGUACGCAUUUUUAGCACUUGGUGGAGUGAUCGGCGGUUUUGCCCUGUACGAACACAAAUAUAAACUAUUUCGAGUGAAAAUGGACGGAAUUCAUAUUGAUGAAAUCUCAAGCACAGAAUCAAAAGAAGAACAACCAGACUGGCAUAUGAAUGCACGAUCUGAUUUGCCAACAUAUAAUAUGGAUGAAGUACAAGAUCAUUGUAAUAUUGAAAAGCGUAUUUGGGUAACUUAUGGAAUUGGUGUAUAUGACAUAACAGACUUCAUUGCCAAACAUCCAGGUGGUGAUAAUAUUAUGUUGGGAGCGGGCAGUGCAAUUGACCCAUUUUGGGCUAUUUAUCAGCAACAUAGUAACAGAGAAAUUUUAACCCUUUUGGAGUUUUAUCGUAUUGGAAACUUAAGUCCAGACGAUACGAUAAGCACAGAUGAUAUGGGUUCCCCAUGGGCUAAUGAGCCUAAACGUCAUCCAGUGCUUAAACCAGCAUCAACUAGGCCAUUCAACGGAGAGCCGCCAUUAAAGCUUCUCGUACAAAACUUUAUUACCCCAAAUGAAUUUUUUUAUAUUAGAAAUCAUUUACCAGUUCCUUUUAUUGAUGCCAAUAAAUAUGAACUGGAAAUUGCUAUUGAAACGACAAAAUCGGGAACGAAGGAACAAAUUAAAACAUUAACUUUGCAAGACAUCAAAGGAUUGCCAAAAUACACAGUUACUGCAGCCAUAAUGUGUGGUGGUAACCGCCGCUCUGAUAUGACAAAGGUGAAAUCUGUUAAAGGCCUUUCUUGGAAUGCAGGUGCAGUGGGUAAUGCAACAUGGUCGGGAGCUUGCUUACGAGACCUUCUUUUGGAAAUGGGGGUUAAACCAAAUGAAAACUUGCAUGUUGUUUUAGAAGGAGCCGACCUCGAUCCUACUUCACAUCCUUAUGGCGCAUCUAUUCCACUUUCCAAAGCAUUGGAUGAACGUGGUGAUGUCAUACUUGCAUAUGAAAUGAAUGGUAAAACUCUAAGUCGUGACCACGGAUACCCUUUGCGAUGCAUUGUACCCGGAAAUGUAGGUGCGCGUAAUGUCAAAUGGUUAACUCGUAUCGCAGUCUCUGAAGCUGAAUCUAACUCACAUUGGCAGCAGAGUGAUUAUAAAGGAUUCAGUCCAAGUACGGACUGGGAUACAGUUGAUUUUACGAAAUCUCCAGCCAUACAGGCAAUGCCAGUCACGUCUGCAAUAUGUAGCCCUACAGAAGGCGAAGUACUCAAAAUACCAGCUGAUGGAUAUCUAACUGUACACGGAUAUGCUUGGUCAGGUGGAGGUCGCCGCAUUGUACGGGUUGAUUUGACCGCUGACCAAGGCAAAACUUGGCAUGUUGCAAAAAUUCAACAGGAAGAUCAGCCUGAUGGCCGACAUUACGGUUGGUCUCUUUGGACUGGUCGAAUCAAAAUGGAAACCACAUCAAAUGGAGAAGUGGAAAUUUGGGCUAAAGCGGUCGAUUCUGCAUACAAUGUUCAACCAGAAACCUUUGAAAAUAUAUGGAACUUACGUGGUGUACUUGCAAAUGCUUACCAUCGCAUAAAGAUCAAAAUCAUAUAAUUAUAAAUGAAGAAACCGCAUAUAUAUAUAUAAACAAAAUAAAUAUUAAUAAAUUAGCACAGUAA